AAAUCUUUAAAGAUCUUUUAUUUUUAAGAUCAUUGACUUGUUAUUAAAAAAAAAUAAUUAGAGCGAGACUAAAAAACGGCCCAUAAUGUAGCCCAACAAACCGCAGUCCAACCAGGCCCAAAUCUGUGCUUCUGGCUCAAAUUCCCGCGCUUUUCUCCUACCUCAUCCGAUGAUCUUCCCUUCAAUCAAUUCUGUGAAGAACAGAAAAUUAAAACCCUAGCUUUUACAAUGGAAAUUGAUGAAGAUAGAAGCGAUCUCGAGAAAGAAAGAGAAGAACAAGACGAAGAAGAAGAAGACUCAGUUUUCGAUCUCUUGAGAGAUCGGUUUCGACUCUCCGCAAUUUCCAUCGCCGAAGCCGAAGCGAAGAGAAACGGUAUGGAAAUUUCUGAACCGAUAGUAGCUUGUAUUGCCGAUUUGGCCUUCAAAUACACCGGACAGCUGGCAAAGGACCUUGAACUAUUUGCACACCAUGCAGGUCGUAAAUCUGUGAAAAUGGAAGAUGUCAUAGUCUCUGCUCAUAGGAAUGAACACUUAUUUGCUGUAUUGAUGUCCUUCCGCAAUAAGCUUAAAGUGAAAGAACCCCAAUCUGAAAGGAAGAGGAGGAAAGGAUCUAGAAAGGAAGACAAAGCUACUGACAGUGUGGUGCAUGUUCCUGAUGUUUGAUUCUGGAUUUCUAUCGAUAGGGAAGUUCUCAUGGCAUGUUAUGGAUAAGCAACUCUAUCUGCAUAUUAAUAUUGGACAUUACUUAUAGCCAAUACACAUUAAAGCUUCCAGAAAUAUGUAAAACUUAUCUUGAAAGGUAAUUCUAGUUGUACUAUAAUCUAUCACUAAUUGGCCAUCAAUAUCGAAUUUAUGCA